AUGUAUAACAAUGUUACGGAACAAAAAAAUACUAGUGGGAUAAAUGGUAUAUUACAAAAUGAAAAUUAUCAAAUUAUAGGAAUGGCAAUAUUGUCAAUAUUAUUUUUUAGAUUUGCAAUUUAUGUAGUAAGAUGGUAUUUUUUUAAAAGCUUACUCUUUAGAUCAUCAAUUUAUCUUGAUAAUUCAGAAGAAAUUAGAGAAAAUAGCAAAUAUUUUAAACAUUUAAAACAUAGUAAAAAGUGGAGAAUUUCAAAUGAAAUUGUUUCAUUCCUCCAUGCUUUUAUUUGUUCUAUUUGGGUAUUUGUUAAUAUUAUAUAUUAUUUCAAACUAUCUAUAGACUUUCAGAAUCUAUAUGUUCAUAGUUUUGGACUUAUGUUUGCUAUGAUUUUUGGUUAUACAGUUAGUGAUACCAUUGAUCUAUUUUUUAAUGAAUGGUCUUUAAGAAUUAUUGUUCUUCUUUUUCAUCAUGCUUUAGUUGUAAUAGCUUCAGUUUAUCCAAUUCUUGUUAAAAAUUAUGGUGGUAUUAUAGUUAUAGGAUUUGUUAUGGAAUUUAACAGCAUAUUUCUCCAUAUAAGAUCUCUACUCAACUAUAAUGGUUGUUCUAAAAAAAAUAAAAAAUAUAAAACUGUAGCAACAUUAAAUAUAUUAACAUUUUUAAUCUUUAGAAUCUUUCCAAAUUUUUAUUUAAUAUAUUAUUGUCUAAAAGCAACCAAAGUAAUGUUAUGGUUCGAACUUUUAAUGCUCUUCACUGUUAUUUUUGGACUCUUUUUUACAAACAUUAUUCUUCUCUACAGAUUAUUGGUUGCUGAUGGAUUUAUCAAAAGCAAUAAACCAAGAUUUAAGGAUGGCUUUGAUAUUGAAAAUGAUGCUGAAAGUAAUUACACUAGUGUAGCCUUGGAUGAAAUUUCUUUAAUUUCACAAUCUUCAGAAAACAAUACUUUAAAGGAAAACAAUAAAUUUUUGCAAUUAAAUGAUAAUACUGAUUUAUUAAAAACAAAUAAUACUCCUAGCAAAGAAUAA